GCGGCGAGACACCCGCGGGGCGAUUGAGGGCAACCCCGGCCCUGCCCGGCGGGCGCAGCAUGGCUAAGCACCACCGCACACCGGCGCGCAGCUCGGAGCCGGUCAUUGAGGUCAAAAGCAAGUUCGAGGCUGAGUUCCGCCGUUUUGCCAUGAAGAGAUCCAGCGUGGGGGGUUUCCAGGAAUUCUAUCAGCUGAUCCAGAGGGUCCACCAGAUCCCUUGUUCCGAGGUCCUCCUGGGAUACACCGACAUCCAUGGAGAUCUGCUCCCCAUCAACAACGAUGACAACUAUCACAAGGCCCUGUCCUCUGCCAAUCCUCUUCUCCGAAUCAUCAUCCAGAAGAGAG